AUGGCGAGCCAGGGUGAUGCCGAACGUGCUGACGGGCGCCGUGGCUCUCGUAUCUCACGCGCUUCCUUGAAGGAAGACUGGGCUACGCUGGACGAGUAUGGAAAGCUUGUUAAGUAUGUGUCGACAUACAAAGAUGCCAGCGCCAUCGCCGCCGAAGAUGCCGAUGUUGAGGAAAAACGCCUCUGCAAAGCUCCAGCUUUUCCCGAUGACUGGCUCAUCACCGAUAUUCGCGAGGGUCUAUCGAGCGAGGAAGUCAACACUCGUCGUCGCCGUUCGGGCUGGAACGAGCUCGUCUCCGAGAAAGAGAACCCCAUUGCCAAGAUCCUCUCGUACUUCCAAGGUCCCAUUCUUUACGUAAUGGAGCUGGCUGUCUUGCUAGCUGCCGGUCUAGAGGACUGGGUUGAUUUCGGUGUGAUCAUCGGUAUCCUUUGUCUGAACGCAGCUGUCGGCUGGUACCAGGAAAAGCAAGCUGCCGAUGUAGUCGCCAGUCUCAAAGGGGAUAUUGCCAUGCGUGCUAUUGUCAUCCGGGACAGCACCCAGCAAGAAGUUCUGGCUCGUGAACUGGUUCCUGGGGACGUGAUCAUCAUCGGCGAAGGCCAAGUGGUUCCGGCCGACGCCAAAGUCAUCUGUGAUUUCAAAGAUCCCAACGGUUGGGAAGAGUUCAAUCAACUUCAAGAGCAAGGCAUGCUCGGUGGUGGAUCCGAGACCGAGGAUGAGGAUGAGCAGAAUAAGGAAGUGCAAACUUCCCAGCCUGUGGACAAUGCCGACGCUACUGACGCUACCGACGCCACUAAAAAGGGCGAAGAUGGUGAGGGAUCCCCACAGCCCAAGACUCGAAAGCGCGGAUAUCCCAUCCUUGCUUGCGAUCACUCUGCGAUCACCGGAGAGUCUUUGGCCGUCGACCGCUACAUGGGCGAUGUGAUCUACUACACGACCGGGUGUAAGCGAGGCAAAUCAUAUGCUGUUGUUCAGGCCCCGGCGAAGACAUCAUUCGUUGGUCGCACCGCUAGUAUGGUCCAAUCUGCAAAGGGUGCUGGUCACUUUGAGCUUGUCAUGGACAAUAUUGGAACAUCGCUCUUGGUUCUCGUGAUGGCGUGGAUCCUCGCCGCCUGGAUUGGUGGUUUCUUCCGCCAUAUCCCCAUUGCCUCCCCGGGACAGCAGACUCUACUUCACUACACCUUGUCAUUGCUCAUUAUCGGUGUGCCUGUCGGUCUUCCAGUCGUUACCACUACGACUAUGGCUGUCGGUGCCGCGUAUCUUGCGAAGAAAAAGGCAAUCGUCCAAAAGCUAACCGCCAUCGAAUCGCUUGCGGGUGUUGAUAUCCUCUGUUCUGACAAGACUGGUACUCUCACUGCCAAUAAGCUGAGUAUUCGAGAUCCCUAUGUGGCUGAGGGUGUAGACGUCGACUGGAUGUUUGCCGUCGCGGCUCUAGCAUCUUCGCACAACACUGAAUCAUUGGACCCAAUUGACAAAGUGACGGUAUUGACACUGCGACAAUAUCCUCGAGCUCGUGAAAUUUUGCGUCGCGGAUGGACGACUGAAAAGUUCACGCCAUUUGAUCCAGUGUCAAAGCGAAUCGUUACAGUCGCCAGCUGUGAUGGAACCCGCUACACUUGCACAAAGGGCGCUCCUAAAGCAGUUCUUCAGCUAACCAACUGCUCGAAGGAAGUUGCAGAUCUGUACAAGGCCAAGGCACAGGAGUUCGCCCACCGAGGCUUCCGCUCUCUCGGUGUUGCUGUUCAGAAAGAGGGUGAGGACUGGACUUUGCUCGGAAUGCUGCCUAUGUUCGAUCCGCCUCGUGAAGAUACGGCCCAGACAAUCAGCGAAGCCCAGAAUCUCGGAAUCAGUGUAAAAAUGCUGACCGGUGACGCUAUUGCUAUUGCAAAGGAAACUUGCAAAAUGCUAGCACUCGGUACCAAAGUUUAUAAUUCUGAUAAGCUCAUCCAUGGUGGCCUCAGUGGCGCAAUGGCAAGCGAUCUGGUCGUAAAAGCCGACGGGUUUGCAGAAGUCUUCCCUGAACACAAAUAUCAAGUGGUCCAAAUGCUUCAGGAACGUGGGCAUCUAACGGCAAUGACAGGUGAUGGCGUAAACGAUGCGCCGUCGCUGAAAAAAGCCGAUUGUGGAAUAGCUGUGGAAGGUGCAUCUGAAGCCGCACAAUCUGCAUCUGACAUUGUGUUUCUUGAACCUGGCUUGUCGACUAUUAUCGACUCGAUCAAGGUUGCGCGUCAGAUCUUCCACCGCAUGAAAGCAUACAUCCAGUAUCGUAUUGCUCUUUGCCUGCACCUUGAGAUAUACCUUGUGACAGCAAUGAUUAUUCUCAAUGAAAGCAUUCGAGUCGAAUUGAUCGUUUUCUUGGCUCUUUUUGCCGACUUGGCAACUGUGGCCGUGGCCUACGACAAUGCAUCGUUUGAGCUACGCCCUGUGGAAUGGCAACUUCCGAAAAUCUGGUUCAUAUCCGUGCUUCUGGGCAUCCUCCUUGCCCUGGGUACGUGGGUGGUGCGUGGUAGUAUGUUUCUACCUAGCGGCGGCAUCAUCCAAAACUGGGGUUCGAUUCAAGAAGUGCUUUUCCUAGAGGUCGCGCUCACGGAGAACUGGCUCAUAUUCGUCACACGUGGUAGUGACACCUGGCCGUCGUUUCAGCUGGUAACCGCGAUUCUCGGAGUCGACGCUCUUGCGACGAUUUUCUGCUUGUUCGGCUGGUUUACGAAUCAGGAUAUGAAAACUAAUCCCCCGGAUAAGUUUGUCGAGACAAUUAACGGUUGGACCGAUAUCGUGACUGUUGUUCGAGUCUGGGGUUACAGCCUUGGCGUGGAAAUAGUUAUCGCACUCGUCUACUACAUUCUCAACAAGAUCAAGUGGCUGGAUGAUCUUGGGCGCGUUAAGCGUAGCAAGGGCGAAAUCAAGAUUGAGAAUCUGCUCGGUCACCUGUCUCGCUUGACUGUCGAGUAUGAUGAGCCUGGUAAGCCGAAGGGCCGCUACUUCCUGGCGGCUAGCAAGGAGGAGGAAGAUGUUGAGUGA